AUGCAUCAUAGUUCCACUGAAAUUGGGAACAAUCUCAGUCCAUUCCUGUUCCCGUUUGAGACACGCCAGCUUCUCUUCCACUGUGUGACAUUUGACCGUGAUCGUGCACUCCAACGCCUUCUGGAUGUGCAACCAGAACUGGCCCAGGAAGCUGGCGACAGGCUGGCUCCCCGCUUUGACCGCCGCAAGCGCACUGUCUCCCGUAAUGACAUCCUUCGUCAAGCAGAGGCCCUUCUCACUGAGGCUGGGUCCUCCAAGGCCCUCCUUGAGAUUCAGUACGAGGGAGAGGUUGGAACUGGACUGGGUCCAACACUGGAGUUCUACACACUGGUGUCCCGGGAACUACAGCGAAGUGAUCAACAGCUGUGGCGUGGGGAGGAUGUGAGUGGACACAUCUUUUCCCCCACUGGUCUCUUCCCAGCACCGCAGCCUCGCAGUGCCAAGUCCUCCACCAUCAACAAGAUCAAGACCAAGUUCCGUUUCCUUGGCCGCCUCAUGGCCAAAGCCCUCAUGGACUCCCGCAUGCUGGAUCUUCCACUGAGUGAGGCGUUCUAUGCCUGGCUCCUUGGAGAGGAGCGAUGUUUGACAGUGAAGGAUGUGGCUCACAUCGACACCACGAUGGCACGGUCUCUCUCAGAGCUCAUCGAUCUUGUGCGACGCCGGGAAUUGGCAGAGUGGGACGGAAAUGGUGAAACAGAGACCCUGGUCACUGCUGUGGACGAUCUUGCCCUCGACUUCACUCUCCCAGGCCAUGGCAUGGAGCUGUGCAAGGGUGGACGAGACAUCACUGUCACCCUCGAGAAUCUCCAAAAGUAUCUCCAGCUGGUGUGCCAUUGGACACUGGUGGAGGGGGUGAGCCGUCAGAUGGAGGCUUUCAAGGAGGGCUUUGAAGCUGUCUUCCCACUGACCAACUUGAACCUCUUUUACUCAUGGGAACUGGACCAGCUCUUCUGCGGUGGGGGAUCUCAAUCUGCAGCAGGGAACUCUUGGGACGUCCGCACCCUGGUGGAGGCAUGUCGGCCAGACCACGGGUACACACAUGAAUCCCGUGCCAUCAAAUGGCUCUUUGAAAUCCUCUCCUCAUAUUCUGAGGAGGAAAAGCGCCGCUUCCUCCAGUUUGUCACCGGAUCUCCACGUCUCCCCGUCGGAGGCUUCAAGAGCCUCAGCCCACCGCUGACGGUUGUGAGGAAGACACUGGAACCGGACGAGGAUGCGGAUGCGUUCCUGCCGUCUGUGAUGACCUGUGUGAACUACCUGAAGCUUCCAGACUAUUCAUCGUCGGAGGUGAUGCGCAUGAAGCUGGAUGUUGCGACACGUGAAGGUCAGCUGUCCUUCCAUCUGUCGUGAACGCUGCGCAUCUCGCACCCACAUGUGAUACCCUGGAAGUAUGAAAGAGAGUAUGAGUGGAAGAAGAGAAAUUCUUUCAUAGCCCCAAUACAUGCAUACAAAAUACACACACACACAACACACACACACACUUCAGCUGUAGAUAUAUCUUCAAUUUUUUUGUUCUGUCUGUCAGCUGUUUGCAUACCGGAAAGGAUCCAGAGGUAUUCCUGGCCAAAAUUGUUUUUUUUGUUUCAUUGUGGAUCCCAUCAAGAGUAUAACCAUUCUUACAUAUUAUUGUCUGCUCUGUUCUGUUUCAUCCAAAGAAAUUCUCCCAGAAGAAAAUUGGUUGUGUGUGGAUUUUUUUGUCAAGUUAUACACACGU